AUGCCAAUUUCAAACGCAUGUCUUAUGUUGAUAAUUGUCGUCACCUUUCUGCAUCUGAAGAAUCCACUUUCAUUUUUCACUUUUCAGCCAAACCAUUCUAAGCUGGUCGUCUCUUCAAUGGAGAUGAUCAUGGUGGCAAUAGUUAUAGAGGAGAGUGGAGAUAUUUCCUCGGAGUUAAUUUCAUGUCUCCUGGAUAGUGUUAGAGAUGAUGAUAAAGGUAUCUUGCCUGUUGUGCGUAAGGUAGGGGAAAAAGUUAUCAGGAAUUGUGCUGCGAAAUUAAAACCACAUUUUCUGAAAUUAUCACAAUCUGUUGCCUCAUUUUCUAAUAAUAGUAGUAAAGUUGUAGAUUCCAUAUGUCAAGAAUCUUAUGGUAGAAUAACGCAAAAUAACACGAAUUCAGGUGAAAUUAUGAUGACGCGAGUAAACUUCGAAACACUGCCGAAGGUAGGGCGAAUCUGUUUCAAGGAAACUGCGACUCUCGCAGACCUCGGUCCUUUGCUCGCUCUGUUCUGCAAGUCCUGCUCGGCGUCGAAGCCUGGCCGACCACUCGCUUGGUCUCUGUGCUCGACCUGCCACUACGCCCGGCCUGUCUGCUUCGCCCAAUCAGAAUCUGCAAAGGUUGAAGAAAUGAGACUUGAAGAAGGUACUGCUCCUGAGAAAAUACUUAACUCAGUGAAGAGCAAUGCUGCUCCAGCUGACAAAGAUGUUUCAGGAAAGGUGGGACCAAAAGAUGUGAAGCUAGAGGCUGUUUCAGUUCUUGAAUCCCACAAAACUAAUGCAGACACUGCAAAUGAUACAAAUUCGUUCUCAGACAAAAUGAAAAUUCCAAUUGCAACUCGACAAAAACGAGGCCGAUUUAGUUCAAAGCUAUCUGCAGCAAAACAAUCUGUUUCUCCUUUGCAAGAGAAAGUAUCUAAGGUGGUUGACAAAAGUUGUUCUCCCAAAGAUAUUGAGUUGAAAGAACCAGAUAGUGAGGAUUCUGCCAAUGUCAAACAAACAACUGUUUCAAAAGGCUUGGUGGAGAAAUCCCAAAGGAGAAGAGGUUUAAAGGGUUCAAGAAGCAAUACUAAUGAUGAACAUACUUUACAAAAACUACAGAGAUCCACAAUUAAGCAGCAUGACACACUCAAGUCUCAAGAUGAUACAUCUAGGGAGCCGGUUGUAAAGAUUUACGGAACACGAAUGUGCAAGAAAGAAGUUGGCAAGAACCUUGUUGGUUCCAAAAUUAGUGUAUGGUGGCCAAUGGAUAAGAAUGAGGGACAUGAAUUAGGUGAUUUGGCUAAGGUGAAUUUGCAUUACUAUGUUUCUCUUUCUUCCAUUGAGUUUAAAUUUGCAUCAAUUGUACCAUUAUAUCCUAGCAUGUUCUACAAUGGUGUUGUUGAUUCUUAUGACAAUAUUUCAAGAAAACAUAAGAUUACCUAUAUUGAUGGUGAGGUAGAAAGAUUAUUAUUGAGUAAAGAAUGCUGGAAAUUGAUUAAAGAUGGAAGCAAACAGGAUACGAAACAAAGAGAAGACUCCAACAAUCAAUGA